AUGUCAGCCACGUCUGUCGAUAUGUCGGCCAUGGAGUCAAAGCCCGAUAGCGUGGUGGAGCUUGACUCGCAGCUGAGCAGCAUCAUGAACAAUGUCGCGGCCGCUAGGUUGCCCGAAACCUCGGAAAGCAAGAAGAAUGAGGCAACAGCCGAGAGAAGCUUUUGUCGGGAUACAAAGCCCUGCGAGCCGAUCGCCGUGGUAGGCAUGGCAAUGAGACUGCCGGGAGGGGUCCCGGAAACACGGUAUAAUGUGGAUUCCUUCUAUCAGCAGGCGAAACCGAAUGCCAUUCGAACAAAGAAAGGGUAUUUCUUACAGGAAGAUCCGACUGAGUUCGAUACUGGCUUCUUCGGUAUAACCAACUAUGAAGCAAGUCGACUUGAUCCUCAGCAGAGACUUCUCCUUGAGGUGGUGUGGGAAUGCAUGGAAAACGCAGGACAGGUAAACUGGAAGGGCAGGGAUAUUGGGUGCUGGGUGGGGGUUUUCGGGGAGGACUGGAUGGAUCUAUGCGCCAAGAACAUCCAAUACACUGACCGACUACAUGCUUUAGGGGCUGGUGAUUAUGCUCUCGCAAACCGUAUCUCAUACGAAUAUGACCUCACAGGGCCAAGGUUAGAGACCCCGGAAGACAGACCUUUUUGGCUACGUUUACCCAUGUUAACAUUGCGUAGUAUGACCGUUCAAACUGGCUGCUCAUCGUCACUGGUAGGACUGCAUGAAGCUUGCCGGGCCAUCAGCACCGGUGAUUGUUCCUCAGCAAUCGUGGCCGGCACCAGUCUGAUUUUGAGCCCUACGAUGACGACGACUAUGUCGGAGAAUAUGGUCCUCUCUCCCGACGGGAUCUGUAAAACGUUUGAUGCUGGAGCUGAUGGCUAUGGACGCGGUGAAGCAAUCAAUGCGGUUUAUCUAAAGCCACUGAAAGACGCGAUAGCAGCUGGCGACAGAGUACGAGCGGUUAUCCGAUCAACUGCCACGAACUGCGAUGGUCGGACAGUGGGUAUCACGACACCUGGAGCACCAACCCAAAAGCAAUUAAUUAAGAGGGCAUACCAAAAGGCUGGCAUCAGCGAGAUAACUGAUACAGCCUUCUUCGAGUGUCAUGGAUCCGGGACCGUUGUUGGUGAUACAGCAGAAUUGUCAGUUGUUGCAGAUCUGUUUAAAGACAAAGGUGUCUAUAUUGGAGCGGCAAAACCAAAUUUCGGUCAUUCAGAGGGUGCUUCGGGCAUCACCGGUAUCAUCAAAGCAGUUUUGGCCCUUGAAAAGAAUGUGAUACCGCCUAAUAUCCAUUUCAAGGAACCAAAUCCUAAAGUACCAUUCAAGGAAGCCAUGCUCCAAGUCCCGCUCGAGCCAAUUCCUUGGCCACAGGACAGGCAUCCAAGAGUUAGCGUUAACUGCUUUGGCAUCGGUGGUUCCAAUGCGCAUGCAAUCUUGGACUCCGCUGCAUCAUACGGGCUGGUGGAAGAUUGGACACCAUCCCAACAAGAGAAUUCCCAAUCGUUUCUUUUCCUAGUGUCUGCUGCAAGUCCAACGUCGCUAAGUCAGCGUGUGAAUGACUUGACAGAAUAUGCUAAGCAAACAGUCCCAAGAUUCCAAGACCUGGCGUAUACCCUUGCGAUAAAACGGGAGCACUUGCAACACCGCACCUUUUUUGUUGGAGAGGCAGAUGGCACCAUUACCAAAAGCGAACGGACGGCACGUCAAUUCGAUUCAACUCAGUUGGUAUUCGUUUUUACAGGACAAGGUGCCCAAUGGCCUACCAUGGGCAAAGGGCUUCUGGAAAGCUUCCCCAUGUUUCAGCAGGACAUACAAAGAAUGGAUAGGGUGAUCCAUGGUUUGGAACAGCCACCGGACUGGAGCAUCGAAGGUAUGUUUUCAAUUCUAGAUAUCGAGGAUUUGAAGCUCUUACUGACCAAAUGUGGUCGUGUAGAUGAGCUCGUAGCAGGCGAGGACUGCUGCAGAAUACAUGAAGCGGAACUAUCCCAAACACUCUGUACAGCGGUCCAGAUUGGAAUUGUCAAUCUUCUUGCACGUUGGGGUGCAAAGCCCGAUGCGGUGGUAGGCCACUCAAGUGGCGAAAUUGCGGCUGCAUAUGCCGCUGGGACAAUGUCGCUUGAAUCAGCUAUUGUGGUGGCAUAUUAUCGUGGGCAAGCAGUAAAAAUGGCCCGAGCAGGAGCUAUGGCAGCGAUUGGCCUUAUGGCUGAAGAAGUUAAGCGAUAUCUCGUUGAAGGUGUUGGGAUAGCUUGCGAAAAUAGUCCCCAAAGCACCACAAUAUCAGGGGAUAGUGAGAAGGUUGGCGAAGUCAUUGGCAAAAUUCAGUCUGACAAUCCGGACACAUUCUGUCGCCAGUUGCGGGUGGACAAAGCAUAUCAUUCCGGUCAUAUGGAGGAGGUCGGAGCCUUUUACGAAGAAACCAUCAAGUCAAAAAUCCACACAAACAGCAACAUGGUGCCUUUCUGGUCCACAGUUACAGGUUCGUUGCUCAAAGGUCCGGACGAUCUAUCGGCCGAAUACUGGCGUCAAAACUUAGAGUCCCCUGUGCUAUUCCGCCAAGCUAUGGAAGCAAUUCUACAACAUGAACAGCAGUCAGGACAAGUGUUUGUGGAGAUUGGAGCGCAUUCUGCCUUAUCAGGACCUAUCCGUCAAAUCAUGCAGACGGGGAACAUAUCCAAAGCCACCUACGUCCCCACACUAAUAAGGAAACGAAAAGCAAACGUCUGCUUGAUGGAAGCCAUGGGAUGUUUAUGGGCCCACGGUGUUCCAACAGUUGAUCUCCAAGGUCUUGUAGGCCAAGGUCGGGUGUUGACAAGCGUACCGCCAUAUCCGUGGGACCAUCGAGCAAAACUACUUAACGAAAGUCGUCUGGUACAUAAUUGGAGAUUUCGUGCAUUUCCCCAUCAUGAGCUUCUCGGCUCUAGAAUGUUCGGGGCUACUGACCUAGAGCCUAUGUGGUCAAAUCUUCUUCGGCCUGAUGAUGUUCCUUGGCUAUUCGACCACGAGCUCACUAAAAAGAUUGUUUUCCCAGCGGCUGGUUUCGUAGCCAUGAUAGGUGAAGCGAUCCGCCAGAUUGACGGCUCUGAAAGUUAUUCCCUGCACCACGUUCUUUUAAAGGCUCCUAUGCUUCUGGAAGAGGGCCAUACGGUCGAGGUUGUUACCAGUCUAAGGCCUGUAAAGGUAUCAGACUUCCUUGAUUCACACUGGUAUGAGUUCACUAUUUCUGCAUACGACGGGGAGGACUGGGUCAAGCAUUGCCAGGGACAAGCUUGCGCCAGCUUUGGAAAAAAUAUGGAAUCCAAGAAGAUCUCCCCAUUGAGUCGCAAAGUGUGUUCCGAGACGUGGUACCGACUUAUGGCAACACAUGGCCUACGAUAUGGGCAGCGUUUCAAGGGUCUACAAGACAUAACAUCAGACCCCAAGCAGAAGAUGGCAACAGCAACAAUGAUUGAAGAUCAUACUGCGCAUGAAAGCCACUAUACGCUACACCCGAACAUAAUUGAUCAAUGUCUACAAAUUAUGAGUGUGGCGAUGUGUUCGGGUAUGGCGGCCGUGCUUGACCAAUUGGCCGUGCCUUCAUUUUUUGAACUGAUCUGCGUCAGCUCCGGGAACGGGAAACUUGCUGUCGAGGCUGAUGCACACAAAACAUCCACAAAUAUAACAACAGGGAACUCCAUAUUGGUGUCCGGAGAGUCUCCCAUAUUAGCUAUUGAAGGUGCAGCAUUUUUCUCUCUCACUGAUAGUGGGGAGACUUCCCAACAUGGCUUCCCGCUGGUAACCCACACUAAGUGGGCACCGGACUUGGAUCUUCUACCGCCGAAUGAGCUUCUCUCGUUCCGGCCUGUAGGAAGGGAUGGAGACCUAUACGCAGAUAUGAUUCUCUGCGCCUUAUCAGAAGCCCACUAUCGUAUCAAGGAUAAGGUUCCAGCUACCGAACAUCUCCGUAAAUAUAAAGACCUCAUCGCGGGGUGGGUGGAGCAUAUGCGAAACUGUCUUUCCCCGGCGCCUCCGCAUGCACGAAGAUUCCUUGAAUUGGACACCCAACAAAGGAUGCGUCUUAUUGAUGAGCUUUCAGAAAAAGUCCGGACGCAAGACCCUGACGGUCUAGCAAUUAUUAGUAUGGUCAAAACAGUUUUGUUGCACAUCAGUGACAUUAUUGUUGGUUCGGAAUCUCCCCUGCACAUCCUGGUGGAUGAGGAUAGGCUGGCGGAUGUGUAUUACCAACCAUCCUUGUGGGGGUGUUGGCAUGAGCUACUCAAUUUACUGAUGCACUCCAAUCCCCGGGCCAAAAUAUUGGAAAUUGGGGCUGGUACAGGAGGAAGUACUACAGUCUUAUUAGAUCAUCUGCGCUCCCCUGAUGGAGUGCCAAUGUAUGGGAGCUACGUAUUUUCGGAUAUCUCUCCUGGCUUUUUGCAUAGCGCAAAAGAGAAAUACAAGGACCGAAAAAACAUGGAAUAUCGCGUACUGGACAUAAGCAAGGAUCCAGCUCCACAAGGCUUCGAAUGCGGGUCAUUUGAUGUUAUCGUUGCUUCCAAUGUCAUCCAUGCAACAGAGUGCCUCAAUACCACUUUGCAGAAUGUGCGGAAGCUCCUUGCUCCUGGUGAGCUGCCGAUAUUUGAUUUCAUAAUGGGCGUGCUUCCCGGUUGGUGGAUAGGUGAAAAGGAUGGUCGUGGUGCAAGGCCCUACAUAUCUCCAGCGGAAUGGAACACUGAACUUCUCAAGGCAGGCUUCACAGGCGUUGAUGCAGCAGAGUUUGAUGACGAAGGAAUGAGCAGACUUAUGGUGAACAUACUGUCACGGAGCCCAUGUCACCCCCCUCAAGCAACCGAUGUUACUAUUGUACAUCGGGCUGAGAUCGGAGAAUGGGAGAACAGUGUUGCGCAAAACUUCGUCGCCGCUGGUUACACAGUGCGCUGGAUGGCAUUUGAUGAGGUGACCUGUCCUGCUACCUCGGGGAUUGUUUUCCUCUUAGACCGACCUGGGCCCUUUCUACAUGAUAUCUCCGCUGAGGAACAUGAACGUCUCAAGAGAUACUUAGGAGAGAACCGGGAAGCAACUAUGCUUUGGGUUACAUCAACAUGUCAAACAGUUUGCCAUGACCCUCGUUAUAGCCUUGUUUUUGGAUUGGCUCGGACUUUGAGAAGGGAGUUAGAGUUGAAUCUCAAUACCCUGGAAGUUGAUUCUUACAGCUCAUUGGCAUCUGACAGCAUCAUACCAGUCUACAAACAGGUUGAACGUCAUAAAGAUUGUCAUAUCAUUCCUGACAGUGAAUAUAUUCUACAGGAUGGGAAGAUCAAUAUAGCCAGAUUCCAUUGGACAAACCUCGCAACUGAAUUAUGUCAUAUGCCGAGUGAUGAGAGCCCAAAGAAACUUUCAAUGACUAGUUGCGGUGUCCUUGACACAAUGUACUGGAAGUCUGUUGAUCUUCCCACAGCCGGGAAGGACGAAGUUAUUGUCGACGUUAAGUUCGCCGCGCUAAAUUUUAAGGACAUAAUGGUCUCAAUGGGAGUACUGGGGCAGAUUGAAGACCUGGGAAUUGAAGGAAGUGGUGUGGUUGUCCAAACAGGAAGCGACGUCCAACAUAUUCACAAUGGGGACAGAGUUCUCUUCGUCGCCUCUGGCUCUUUACAGACACGAAGGGUAAUACCUGCUAGAAUGUGCCUGAAGGUUCCUGAGUGCCUUUCCUUAGAAGAUGCUGCCACGAUGCCUGCAGUCUUCGCGACAACGAUCUAUGCUCUACUACAUCUAGCCAGGUUAAAGAAGAACCAGGUACGCCCGCUACCUUCCAUCGAUGCGUUGGACUUGCUGCCAUUCAAAUAUGCCAGAUGGUGGGGGCAAAUGUACGCAUACAUCUAUCUUCCUCCCCGGGCCCUGCUAAAGGUUUCACAGAUAUACGCUACUGUAGGGAACGAGAACAAAGCACAGCACCUGAUGGAUACGUACGGCAUACACAGGGACCAUAUAUUCAAUUCAAGGGAUGCUUCGUUUCUCCAGGACCUUAUGCGCUGCACGGGCAAUAGGGGUGCGGACGUGGUUUUAAAUUCCUUGGGAGGAAAUCUUCUUCAUACGUCUUGGAGAUGUGUGGCACCUUACGGCAAGAUGCUUGAGCUCGGCAAACGAGACUUCCUUGGACAUGGUAUGCUCUCCAUGGAUCUUUUCAAGUCCAAUAGGGCAUUUUUCGGGGUAGACCUGAAUCAAUUCCUCGAAGAAUGUCCGGAUGAAUUCAAUGAUGUUAUAUUUGAGAGAUUUUUGGAGAUGGUUGAGAAACGUCAAAUAAGCCCAAUUCAACCAAGAACUAUCUUCGAAGCGAGUGAUAUCAUUAGUGCCUUCCGAUACAUGCAGCAGGGGGUACAUAUGGGGAAGAUCCUCAUAAAGAUGCCCGAGUCACCUGGUGACCUCCCACAGGUAAAGGAUAAAAAGGCCAUAGUAUUCAACCCCGACGUGUCCUACUUGCUUGUUGGUGGCUUGGGUGGGAUAGGCCAAGCAGUCGCCCGCUGGAUGGCUUGUCACGGAGCUCGAAGCCUUGUAAUAUUUUCUCGUUCGGCAGGUCAAUCGGAUGACCACCAAAUUUUCAUUCGGGAGCUGGAUGCCAUUGGAUGUCAUGUCCAUACUGUGAGUGGAGAUGUUACACAUCUACCAGAUGUCCAAAGGGUAGUGGAGGGUUGCGCUAGACCCAUCGGCGGUGUUAUGAACCUAUCCUUGGCCCUCAGUGACCAUUUGUACCUUGAGAUGUCCCAUGAUCAGUGGACAGUACCGAACAGGGUAAAGAUUUUAGGCACAUGGAACCUGCAUUCCGUAUUGCAAAACGUCGCAUUGGACUUUUUUGUGGUCUUCAGCUCAAUGUCUGGCCAAGUCGGCAACCCAGGCCAGGCAAACUAUGCUGCAGCAAGCACAUUCUUAGAUGCCUUUGUUCAAUACCGCCAUACUAACGGCAUGCCAGCGUCAGUGCUGGAUAUUGGCUGUGUGGAGGGCAUCGGGAUUCUUAAACAGGCGCCACAUGUUGUCCAGAGAAUGCGAGCAAUAUCAGUACGCUUUAUCGAGGAGUCUGAGCUAAUGGACUCCUUGCACUUGGCGAUUCUGCGGUCCCACCCGGAGUUAUCCAAUAAGAAAGGACCCGAAUCUGCGAGUCUGGGUAUUGGGCUUUGUCCAAUAAAGUCAUUCAGUCAGGUCCAGGACCUUCCCUUCUGGAGGACAUUAGAUGCGCGUGCGCGUGCUAUUCCCAAUUAUGACUCAUUUCAACAAUCAGAUAGUAAUGGUGAACCCGACAACCUCCAGGAGCUGAUGGACGAAGUGGAAGCCAAUCCCGCUACGCUCAAGAAUCCCGAAGUUGAGAAGAGGAUACGGGGAGAAGUUGGACAUUUGAUCUCCACAUAUAUAUCCAACCACGAGGAUAUGACUGAUGAGGAGAUUAACAAUAUUACAAUUGACUCACUUAUGUCUAUUGAAAUCAGAAAUUGGACCCGGCGCCGACUUCACGUCGAUGUGGCUAUUCCAGAAAUUUCGAAAGCAGGGACCGUGGGGAGAUUAGGAACUCUUGUGGUAGAGAAGCUGAAGGCCAAGUACGCUGCCCAACUGGAGGGAUCUACAUGA